AUGAGCAACGCUGAGAUCAUCAGUUCUACAAAUCUCAUUAUUCUUUUGGAGGAUGAAAUCUUUGCUGAUUUUUUCAACACAUUUCUUUCUCUUCCGGUCUUUGGCCAGACACCAUUUUAUAAUGUUGAGAAUGCACAGUGGAGCUUGUGGCCAGAAAUACCUUAUGACUUGGUUGCCAAGUACAAAGGAUUAUUGACCUGGUUGGAAAAAUACCGGUUACCUUUCUUCUGCAAAACAGACUUGUGUUUCCACUACAUUCUCUGUCAGGAGCUCAUCAGCUUUAUCAAAUCCCCAGAAGGAGCCAAGAUGAUGAGAUGGAAAAUGGCAGACCAAUGGCUCUUGGAAAAAUGCAUCGCUGGGGUCAGAGGAAUAUGGCGUUUCUGCUCCUACCUCAUGGGCAGUGCAGGUGAAGAGUUGCUGGAUUUCUGGAUCCUUGCUGAGAAGAUCCUGAGCAUAGACGAGACAGAUGAGUACGUGAGAGACUACUACCUGUCCCUGCUGCUGAUGCUCAAGGCCACUCACCUGCAGGAAGGCUCCCGAGUGGUGACUCUCUGCAACAUGAACAUCAAGUCCCUCCUGAACCUCUCCAUCUGGCAUCCCAACCAGUCCACCACCAGAAGGGAGAUCCUAAGCCACAUGCAGAAAGUGGCUCUCUUUAAAAUCCAGAGCUACUGGCUCCCCAACUUUUACACCCAUGCCAAGAUGACAAUGGCCAACGAGGAAGCAUGUCAUGGCUUGAUGCAGGAAUAUGAGACUCGCCUGUGCAGUGUCUGCUGCACGCAUGCAGGAGGGCUCCCUCUAAAUAUGAGCAUCAAAAAAUCCCACCGUUCCCAAAAGAAGUACUCAAGCAGGAAGGCCAAGAAGAAGUUGUGGCAGCUGGUCGAUCCUAUCUUAUGGUCUCUGGAAACAGACCCCAAGCCGGAAGUCAUCAUUGAUCCCCGAGGGACUAGUCUUCUAGAAAAGGUAGUUUUACAAAAGCCUUUUCUGGGAGUAGAUUCUUCACAGGAGGCAAUAAUCCAUUUCCUGAACAAGGAUACUCAUCACGCCAAGAAACCCACUAUGAAGAAAAAAUCCAAGAGCCAACUCCACAUGGAGGGCCUCUUUGAGACAACGUACUCUAACCACCUGAGAACUUCCACUCCCAUCAUCAACCACACUGCCUCACUGGUGGUCAAGAAGUCCCUUAAGCAAGGCAUCUCCUUUGGCUACACUCACUGGGCCCUGUGUGCCGAUGCCUGUGCAGGGGGGCCCUUCCGGUAUCACCUGAAGAAGAUGAACAUGAAGGUGGAAGUAAAACUCCUGGACCUUUGGCAGGACCUGCAGCAUUUCCUCAGCGUUCUGAUAAGCAACAGGAGGAGUGGGAACGCGAUCUUACGUCACAUGCUUGGCAACAGAAUCUGUGAGCUCUACCUGAAUGAGCAGAUCGGGCCACCCUUACCACUCAAACCUCAGACCAUUCAGGGCCUGAAGAAGCUCCUGCCUUCUGGGGAUGUGAAUCCCUGGAUCCCCAAAGCCCAGAAGGAGAUCUGUAAGGUACUCAGUCCCUGGUAUGAUGAAUUCCUGAGCGAAGAGGACUACUGGUUUCUCGUUUUCACAACUCAAACACGCUUCAUCAAAGCCCGGUGGCAUAAAAGAGAAGCCACAAGCAAAGAAGAGAACAUUCAUCUUUAUAAAAGGAUUCAGGAAUCACUGGUAUUAGGCCAGGGUUUGGCUAACUUACAGAAAAUGGAUUCUAUGCAGUGGCAAAAAGUGGCUACUGAGAACCUGAGGCAGGGCGGCUCUCUCCGGGUAGAAAUGACGACAUCUCCAGUGUUCUUAGAAGAUGUAAACAAAAUGACCUUUGAGGAGCUCUCCUACAAGUACCCAAAGUUGGCCAUAGAAAAGAUCAGUGAAGACUACAAAAUAUACUGUGAAAAGGCACCUGCAAAAGGCUAUACAGUAGAAAUUGUUAAGCAGCCAAGACACAUGGGCUCACAAAGGAAAACAUCCUUUGUUAAAAAAUCUGUCACAAGGAAGCCUUCCAUGAGACCAAGGAACUUGACAGAAAUCCUCCUAAAUUCUCAACACCUGGAGUGCUUCCGGGAAUUUCUCAGAGACCGGAAGGCUGAAAACCCGCUGCUGUUCCUGAUAGCCGUGCAGAAGAUCAUGAUGGAGACCAAUGAAAAGACUUACAAGGCUGCUUUGGAGAAUAUAACCAAGACUUACUUCCACGGCAAGGUCCCUCCCGAAGAGAUGCUGCAAUGUGAUGCUCCUUAUAUCAAAGAAACCAUCCACAUGCGCUACAUCACCACCACCACUCUGCUGCUGCUCCAGGGCUACGUAAUGAAAUCUCUGGAAGAAAAGUGGUUUAAAGAGUACCAAGACAUGUUCCCACCACGCCCUUUGGAGGUGGAAAUUGAAGUACAGCCUGUCUCUCAAAGGAAGCCCUCAAAGGCAGCAAUGCACCUACAGGAAUCCCAGAGGAAAGGAUGGUGGAAAAUGAUCGGCUUCAUCAAGAGUUUUUGCAAUUACCGCAGAGUCAUGAAAAAUCCCAAGAAAUGCCAACAAUUUAUAGAUUUCAUCCACCUGGAAAUGUUCAACACCAAGGAGAAUUUCUCUACAUCACCCACAACUGCAUCAGUACGUCACACCCCAAUAUCCCCUGGUUCCCGGAACACAGAAGAGAAUGGAGAAUCCGUUCUUGUCAAACGUCGGAUAUUAGGCCACAGAAUUAUCACUAUCAACUUUGCUGUUAAUGAUCUAUAUUUCUUUUCUGAAAUGGAGAAAUUUAAUGACCUGGUGAGUUCAGCUCACGUGCUGCAGAUCAAUAGAGCAUACAAUGAGAAUGACAUCAUCCUGAUGCGGUCCAAACUUAACAUUAUUCUAAAGCUUUUCCUGAUUUCUGAUGUCCCUCCAAAGCUGAGGGUCAACAUCUCUGAGUCUCAGAAAGAUGUCAUCUUGGCUGCCAUUACAGAAGGCCACCUAGAUCGGACCAUCUUCCAUGGGGCUAUCAUGUCUGUCUUCCCUGUCAUCAUGUACUUCUGGAAAAGGUUUUGCAACUGGAAGGCAGCACGCUCUUAUGAAGAGUACAUGGGGAAAAAGUUUAAGGAUGGAAGAUCCCCUCCCAAGUCUACAUACAGGUACCCACCAUGGAGUGGAGGUGACCACGCUGUCUUAAGGUUCACCUUGCUCAGAGGUGUUGAAUGGUUUCGACCUCAGCAGACCCGGGAGGCCGUGGCAAAUUCAAUCCAAAACUCUUCCUCUAGCAUCCUCACCCAGCCAGGCCGACCUGCCAUGUCUUCCUUGCAGUUGGGUCCUUCUGCCCUGAGACCAAAACUGUCCUUCAUCAAAAAGGAGAAAAAGUAA